UCACCACCGAAUACCAAUAAUUGAUCAUUCUCUUCCUAAUCCCUUCUGUAUUCAAGCUGUCACCCCUCUUCUCUCUUCCAUUCACCAAUCCCAAAACCCAAUUCACUCAUCCUCUUUUCUUCCUUCUUCAAACUUCAAACCACCAAUGUUCUACCACCAUUGAACACAACCACAACCUUAAAAUUCUCAAAAAACAAAAUCCAAAACAGUCAAUAAAAACCAAACCAUGUUUCUCAUAAUUCAGUUUCUUCUUCCUCUCCUUCUUCUCUCAACCUCUUCUUCUUCUUCUUCUUUUGCAUCUGCAAGCACCAGCUCCAAUGCGACCACCAUCUACGAGGUUCUCCGCAACUAUGGCCUCCCCAUGGGUCUCUUCCCGAAGGGCGUCAAGGACUUCGAAGUUGACGAUGAUGGUCGCUUCUGGGUGCACUUGGAUCAAGCUUGCAACGCCAAGUUCGAGAACGAGUUGCAUUACGAUCGAAACGUUUCUGGGUCUUUGAGUAAAGGCAUGAUCGAUGCUUUGACCGGAUUGGAUGCUCAGGAUCUUUUCCUCUGGCUCCAUGUGAAGAGCAUUCGCGUCGAUAUUCCCACUUCCGGGUUGAUUUACUUUGAUGUUGGUGCUGCUUCCAAGCAAUUCGCCUUGACCCUUUUCGAAUCUCCACCUGAAUGUGUUGCGAUUCAGUCACAGGAUGAUGCUGAUGCUGAUGCUUUUCGAAUUGGAGAUGUCUCCGAGGUUCAAUUUGGAAGGCUACGCUAUCAACCUGAACAAGGAACUUCUGGAAGAGAUGUUCUAUAGAGCAUGCAGGACAGGGUAAAUGGAGAUUUUCUCUAGCACAAUCAUCAUCAUGGAUCGUUGAAUCAGAUUCAAUUCCUUCGAAGAGUAUAAAUUAACAGGUCCAUUGACUUGGUCCUGAAGUGUUGUUUGUGUUAUCUCCCCAUACAGUGCAGAAUUAUUGUUGUAAAGGCAGCCAUUGUGUCUUGUUACUUAUGAAGGGAAGCAACAGAGAUAAAUUUCCAGAAUUUGUUUGUCUUGAAAACAUAGAGCUAGAAUGGAUCAGUCAUUUUGUUGAAAUGGAUUCUGGUGACAAGUUCACAAAGAUUUUGUUCUAUGUUAAGUGUUAUUGUAUUAUAAGAAUAUAUUGGGGGUGUUUAGUUGAAUCAAAUUGAUGUUGUUAGUGUAAAA